AAAGGCUAUCUCACUCGACCAGCUUUUAUCGCCUCCAAUCCUGACUCCGCUGAUCUCUCCUCUAUCGGUGUCCUCAAGGGCCCCAGCAUCCUUGACGCCUUUAUUAAAGGUCUCCUCUCGAGACAGCCCUGUUGCUUGCUCCAACAUGUGGACUUUAGUGGAUUUGAAGAGGAUCUGCGCGUAAGCAUCGAACUCUCCCGCAUUCCCAUUCUCUGGAUGCAACCCGAAAAAAGAAACUCUGAGGAGGUACGUCAGCAGAUCCGUGGCAGCCUACAGGUGCCCAUUCCAGACUCCAGAUUUGACCGCUACUUCACGCGGAUCACCAAUAUAUACACGCUGCAUGAAGGAGAUUUUCGCCACGGCGAAACUUUCGAUACCGUAACAAUCCGGCUGGACUGCAAUAUGUCUGUGGACGAGGUUCCCUUCGGUCUUGCUCUCCAGACGCUGACUCCAUUCCGUUUUUCCUGUAAUCGCCUACUGAUGCAACGUCUGCCGGAGCUCCGCCUACCCGUCUUCAAUCUCAUUCGCCUCCUUGAUCCGAUGUCCAUCACUCAGUUUGAACUGGAGGAUACCGAGUUGGCGACUGGAGCUCCGGGUGUCUUGCCCUCCGCUCUCGGUUGGAUCGUCAGUCUGCGCAACCUUCGAGCC